AUGCUGGAAUGGUUGGACUCCUCAGAGGGUUCUGGUGUCAAGGUAUCUCAAGUCUACGACUCGGUGACGACUGGUCUUCAGGCAUUUUACCGCACGAAGCUGUUACCAAUCGAAAGGGACCAUUUGUUCCAUCAGUUCUACUCUCCAGAACUGACAGAUGCCGACUUUGCAUCAGCACCGAUGGUGUUGCUCAUGGGCCAGUAUUCCACAGGCAAGACUACUUUCAUCCGCCACCUACUGCAGCGUGACUAUCCGGGGAUGAGAAUCGGGCCAGAGCCCACGACUGACCGAUUCGUAUGUGUGCUGCACGGUGAUUCUGACAGCGUUACUCCGGGCAAUGCCCUAGUGGUGGACCAUGAGCUGCCCUUCACGCAGCUGAGUCACUUUGGCAAUGCUUUCCUCAGCAGACUGGAAGCAUCAAGGCUUUCCAGUCCAGUCUUGGAAGGGCUUACUCUGAUCGACACACCCGGUGUCCUUUCUGGCGAGAAGCAGCGCAUCAAAAGGGGCUACGAGUUCGAGGCUGUCGUGAAGUGGUUUGCAGACCGUGUCGACAUGAUACUGCUCUUCUUCGACGUGUCCAAGCUAGAUAUCAGCGAUGAAUUCAGGAGAGUGAUACAGGCCACCAAGGGAAACGAUCACAAGAUAUGCAUCUUGCUGAACAAGGCGGACAAUGUCACGACACAGCAGCUGAUGCGCGUUUACGGAGCACUGAUGUGGUCGUUGGGCAAGGUCUUAGACACUCCGGAGGUUGCACGAGUUUAUGUUGGAACGUUCUGGGAUCAGCCGCUCAAAAAUGAGAAGCUGCGGGAGCUGUUCGAGCAAGAGGAGAACGACUUGUACACGAAGAUUGCCCAGCUUCCAAGGAGUGCAUCACUUCGCAAAGUCAACGACCUGAUAAAGAGAGCGAGAUUGGCCAAAGUCCAUGCCAUGUUGCUGGACUACUUUUACAAGCGGAUGCCGACAUUCUUUGGACACGCAAAAGAGCAGGAGAGGAUGAUACAGGAUCUUCCAAACAUCUAUCAGGAGAUUGCCGUCCAGAAGGGCAUCCCCUUGGGUGAUUUCCCUGACCCAAGGAUGAUGCAGCAAAUCCUGACCCCCAUGGACUUUUCGACCUUCAAACCAGUGGACGGGGAGAAGCUGCAGGCACUUGAGGCCUUGCUUGCAGUGGAUUUGCCAAAGCUCCUGCAGCUCAUUCCCGAGGAGCAAAUGCGACAUGGCAUCGGAGAUGCUGCGAUUGCGCAGGUGGUCGGAAUGGCUUCACCGUUUGCAGUGAUGAAGGUGGAGGGCAACACCGAGCAAUCCGCCUACAAGGGCCAGUGGCACCGCAUACCUGCUGUGGAGGACUUCAAGGCUGGCUUCGAUGAGCUGCAUCCAAUGGAUGGGAAGAUCAACGCUCAGCAGGCCAAGCAGAAGAUGGUGGAGAGCCACCUCCCCUCGAAUGUCCUGCAUCGAAUUUGGUCUUUGGCGGAUGUUGACAAGGAUGGAUUCCUAACCCUACCGGAGUACGCCAUAGCCAUGCACCUGGUGCAGAUGAAGCUUGACGGUCAGGACCUGCCCACCACAUUGCCGCAAGAAAUGCUGCCUGAGGAGCUGAAGGACGUCUGA